GGCGUGGAUCAACGCUGCAUCAAGGAUCUGCUCGGGGUUUAUUUGUGAACCCUGGUGACGGACCAGCCCUAGCAUAACGGGCCUUCGCCCCAUGCGGCCCAACGCGGUGUGAGCGGAAGCUCCCGCUCAACGUAGCCGCUGCUAGACCUCGUCUCAAACUUCGACCCCGUAUCAGCACCUACGUAGGUGGCGCGCCCUCACCGCGGUGUGUCACUCUGGUACCUCGCAAAAAAGAAGCCGGUAAGCUCUUCAGCCCGGAAGGUUUGCUGGGAUACUUGUCCGACCCGGAUUACCCCAGCCACCCGCCACGCAAAAGCACUCGGCGCUGUGCGAGCUUCCGAGGCGAUCUCUGGAGUCUGGAAAUCGAGGCGCAAGAAGCAGCACAGCAGGGCAACUUGCGGCUUUAUCAAUGGAAGACCGGCGGAGUAAUGCAUUGCAAUUCCCGGCUUCCCUUCAUGCCCUCUCUAGCACCACGCAACACGUUGCCCAGCAUGCGGUCACCGAUUCCUGUACUCCCCGUCAUCGCCCUGUGGGUUCAAGUUGCCGAUAGCGCGUACGAUGCGAAGCUCUGUAACAACGGCAGUUACGACACCCCUGGGACCGGGUUGACAUAUGUCCCGAACGCAUGGAACGCAGACAGCAAAGGGUUCUCCUGCGUCGCGAUCCGGGAUUCACCGCCGGCCUUCGACGUGACCUGGAAGUGGUCGUCGGACCCGGGGUCCGUCCACUCGUACCCCCACGUCAAGUUCUCAGACCCUGCCCUCCCGGUACCCCUGUCCAACAUCUCGGCCCUGACGCUCUCGGCCCAGUGGGCCAUGGGCCCUGGAUCGACAUCGCGGUCUGUGCCCGGUAUCGACUCGCCCGGCUUGGCGAAGCUCGACGCCUCGGCGAAUGCCGCUUUCGAUAUCUUCGCUGACCGCAACCCUGGCAAGUCGCAGCAGGAGACGGAGGCGGAGACCGAGAUCAUGGUCUGGCUCGGCAGGGUUGGCUACGCCCAACCAUUGGGGUAUGAGGGGACCGAAUCUUAUCGGGCAAAGUUGGCCGUGGGCCACGUCGACUUCGCCUUGUAUCUGGGAACGAACCAGAGAGGCACCUCCGUAUUCACAUGGGCCGCGCAGUCUAACGAGACAAGCUUCUCGGCUGAUAUAUCGCCGCUGCUUCAGUAUCUGUGGCGGAAUGGCUUGGUGUCCGCCGGAUCGAACAUGGGACUCAUCGGGUUUGGAACCGAGGGCUACCAUGCUGACGGGAACGUCACCUUCUCAGCGACGAGGUACGAUGCGAACGUGCUGAUCGGACCUGCCCCAACACUCAACAUGGCGCCUAUUCCCACCCUGGAAUCUACUCCGUCAGCCGUUCCGUCCCCGUCCGCCGGACGCCUCUAUCGACCGUGGCUAUCGGGCAUGUCGAUCAGCGGAAUUGUUGGCUUGAUGGUGGUUUUUCUCUGAUCAAAUGUCCAGUUACGGGUGGCAGCCUAUCCUAAUCUGGAGAAAGGGUACCUGCAUUGGGAAGGGUGUACACACACAACUAGACUGCAUUGGACAUUUUCUUUUUCUCUUUCACCCUAUUCAUGCGGGGGCGCAGUAAACCGGUGACUCGGGCAUACUCCUCGGUCUGACUGAGCCCGAGCUUCCGCCCCGGCGGACAAGAUCUUGGGAUAUCUCGGCUUGACGAUCAUCUUUCCUUUUCAGAGAUAGCAGACUGAACCACCCCCGCCCG